UCUGCAUGUCACGAAACGACCGAACGAUCGACUUGACAGAUGAUGUGGCCUAACGUCUUGUGAAUUUUAUAAAAAUAAUAAAUUUUUAAUAAUUAUAAUGCCAAAAUGAUUGCAUUCUAUAUUAUUUCAUUUAUGUUAUAUAUAUCGGCUUCAUUGGGUCGAUUUCCCGAUAAAGUGUAUUGUGCCAAUAAGGAAUGCAGCGAGCCGAUAUCAAAAGCUAGAACAUCUCUAAACUACAAUAGCCCUGAUGCGGAACUUAUAUCUUUCCGUGCAAAUUCUGAAGCUAUUAUAUUCAUGAAAUCAGCUGGUACAAAUGCCGACUUAUGGUAUGCUACUAUUAACGGAAAGACUGGAUUUGUUAGCAAUAGAUUCUUAAAAGAAUACAAAAUUAUAGAGAGGAAGCCGCAGUUUAUUUUGCCAAUUGAAGAAGUUCAAAGAAACAGUCAAGUUCAGCCUGACAAAGUACAAAAGGCUCAUGAAGUGAUUGAAGGCACCACAAUAUACACAACCGAAGCUGAUAUUCAGACUUCCACCACAGAAGUUCCAAGUGAAUCGGUAUUAGUUGAAAAUAACACACCAUCUUUUGAUAAAGAAACUGUUAAACAAAGUUUACAUGAGAAUGAAACUAAUGAUCAGGAAGGUCAAAAUGAUAACCAUGGCACUGAUACAGUUGAAACAUCUGUAAAAACAAAUGAAGAACAACAUGUUAGUCAAGAACACACUGACAGUUUACCUGUUACAGAUGAGCAACCGCUUGAUAAAAAUGUUUCUGACAACAAUCUGUAUGAUUUGCUUAAUGAUGGAGAUCAGGUUCAAGAAGCGGUGAAUUCUCAUUCAAAUCAUCUCAACCAAAAUGUGAAUGAUGUGGAAGAUGCCAAUAAUAUUGCUCAACUAGAGAACAGUCCACAACCCAAUAAUGACAAAUCAAUACUUCAAUCGGAACAUCAACAUACUGUAUCACAACCAACUGUAAGUGAUGUCAUUACUGAUACUUUAUCUGAGUUAUUAUUAAACAAAAUUGAAAAUGUAGGUCAAGACCCAAUACCGGCUAUACCCUCUGAAGGAACAACUAAAGAAGAAGAAACAGUAGAAAACAACCAUGAAUCUAUAGUAAUUCCUGAAAAUGUUUCAACCCCACAACCAGAUCUAUCUACUACAGCUCAAAAUCAUGUACCGGUAUCUGAAAAUGUUGAAAAUAUUCAAGAACCAACAAAUAUGGAACCUAAUUAUGCAAUAACCCCUGAUUCAGUGAGUGAUAACAAACUUCCACCUUCAGACUCUGCCAUAGAACCUAUUCCAAAUGACACUGAAAUAACUCAUCAAGAAACUGAAAUAAAUGAUGAAGAUCUCAGUGAAGAAAAUAGUUAUCCUGAGAGCUCUGAAGUUGACAAUCAGUUACCACCUGCUAGUGACAGUAGUAAUCUUAAUAAUCAUGUUAAUGAAAUUCCAACAUCAAAUGAUGAUCAACCUAUUACAACACAAACUAUAUCACCUAUUUUCAAUCCUGACUUUGGUACAUUGCCUCCAAUCUUCAGCCAAAGUGCAGAAACAUUGCCUCCUGCUACUGAAGUUCCUUAUGUUCCAUCAACUGAACAUACCACCCAAUCCAGUAUGACUUUAGAAGAAAAUAAUUGGAUUCAAAAUACUGAAGACAGUGCCAAAAAUGAUAAAACUAUGGAUAGUCAAGAAACAAAUACAAAUGAUGUUUAUACUGUGACUGAAUCACCACCUCUGGUAGAUGUUCAUGUUCCUGUUACUACUGAAUCACUACCUACAGAAAAUACUUACGUUCCCACUACUGAACCAUCACUUACAGAAGAUAUUUACGUGCCCACAACAGAAUCAACUCCUUUAGAACCUGUCACGGAAACUUAUGAAGAACCAACAACAGAAUCUGUGCCUGAAAAUGCUGAUGGUAUUUUGUCUAAUGUGUAUACAACAAUCUCAGAAAUGUGGUCAACAACAACAGAAUCACCUGAAAAAGUUUACAAUAAAGAAGAAUAUCCACCUUUUGAAAAAGAAAAAGUAGAUGGUGAAGAGGGAUUUUCAAUAUUGAAAUACAUAAUAACUACUUACACAUCAGUCAUGGGGUCCAAUGAACAAACAAAAGCAUUCUUCCAAGCAACUGGUGACACAUGCUUAGAUGGAGCAUACCAUGAUGGUUUCGGCAAUGAUAACCAAAAUCGGUUGCUAACAUUCCUGCUGACUUCGGCUAUGUCUGUCUUACUCUUCACUUUGGGAUAUUAUUAUAUUGACAAUAAAAGGCAGGACAGCCGACUUAUUGGAACAAUCAAUUCACUACAAAGGGAUUUACUUUUUUCUACAAAGGAGUGUGAGAUCCUUAAAGAGGAGCUUACAUCUACUAAAAGUAAACUAGCUGGCAUUGAAGACAAUUCGUUUGGUAUGGACGAUAUGGUGCAAUCAUUAAAGGAGGAAAUAAAUGAAUUGAAGGCGCAAAAUGAAAGACUACGAAAUUCUUUAGAUGACAAUGAAAAACUGUUGAGGGUAUCUGAAAAUACUGCUGGGGAAUUACAAAAUACCCUGGGUGAAGUUGAAAACACUCUUAGUGAGCUCUUGUCUGAGAGAGCUAAUUCUGAAGAGCAAAUUGCUGAAUUGAAUGGAAAAGUUCAAGCUUUUGAAGAGGAAUUAAUUUCAGUGAGUCGUGAUAGGGACAACUUCCAACUUAAAUACGUAUCAGCCGAAACAGCACUGGAAGAAGCUAAGAAACAAGUGAAACAACUUGAUGAAAAUAAUAAACAAUUUACAGAAGCAAAGAAUACGAUUGAACUGCAGAAACAUGAAAUUAAUGCCUUAAAAGAUGCUAUUAAGGAGUUAAAGAGCGGUUCAUCAUCAAAUGAAGACGCAACAUCCCUCAUCGACCACACUGAGAUUAAGGCAAAGUUGUCUAAAGCUUUGGAAGAGAAAAACAAUUAUGUGAACAAGUAUGAGAUAGAGCAUAAAGAACGGACGCGUUUGAGUGAAGAGUUACAAAUAACGCAGGAGACGUUACGUACAAGUACGCAACAGGCCACUGAAGCGAAAACCAGGCUGGAAGUCCUAGGCAAAUAUUUCCAAGAACGCGAAAGUGAAUUAUUGAAGGAGUUGAGUGCAAAAGAAUCCCUUUGGCUCAGCAAACAAGGCGAAUCGGCUAGCACUGUAGAAAAAAUAGAAUUAUUACAGCAAGAAGUGCAGCGAUUUAAGGAGAAGUGCGACGCGCUGACCCUGGAGCUGGCGGAGGCGGAGUCGGCGCGGCGCACGGCGCUGGGCGAGCUGGAGGCGCGCGCGCACGCGGCGUGGCUGGACGCGCGCGCGGCGCGGCGCGAGGCGGACGCGGCGCGCGACGACGCCGCCACGCUGCGCCGCAAGCUCGCCGCGCUCUCCGCGCACUCCGCCGACGGCGCCGUGUCGCCGCACCACAAAGUGGCAUCGCCUCUAGAAGGCAAUGAGAACCAGGUGAUACCACCUCCGCUGCCACCACUAGCGUUCCUCCCACCUCCACUAUUGCCACCGCUGCCGCGUCCACCGCCGCUUGGCAGGUUACCAUCUCCCCACCCACCUAGGUACAAUGACAGGCGAUACUCGCCGGAGAGUAGGUACUCGCCGGAGAGCAGGUACUCGCCCGAGAGCCGGUACUCGCCCGGCACCACUCGCUACUCGCCCGACAGUCGAUACUCGCCGCGGCCACGCCGGUCGCCUUACUCACCGAGAUCCAGGAGACGAUCACGGGAAAGAUAUCAGGAGGGAAGAGGGUCGCGGUCGCGCAACAUACCCGACACAGAGACCGAAUACCCUUCAGAUAGCCCGUCGCGGGACCCGCGACGGCGAAACAGAUACUCGAGGCAUUCUGGCCCAAGUUCAGCAUCGGGAUGUUCAUCAGAGUCAGAUAAAUAGUCUAUUGUAUUAAAAUUAAGGUACGAAUAUCCAAUGGACUUCAAGAUAAUGCUUGCGAUAAAGCUAAAAGAAAUGCUGGUGGUUUUGAAUAGUUGAAUUGCCUUUAAGAAAUAAAAAUAUAAGAAGCUCA